AUGAGCGUGGCUUCGAGCCAGAGCGGGAUCGAGAGUCCCGCAGCGAGCAGUCCGGGUAGCGUGGGGAGUCCGCGCAGCUCGGGUGAGGUGGCGGCGGCAGGUGGCAAGUCCUUGUGGGACGUGCUCUGUUGCCGUGCGCCAAAGUCGGACGUGGACACGGAGCUGGCGAUGGACCGGCUGGAUUCACAAGGGUUGCCUAAGCAGGAGGGCAGUGUCGAGUUGGAGCGGCAUCUUUCGGAAGACGGCAUUCCCCAGCCCGCAGAGACGGCCCCACCAGAACCAGUUGUUGAGGCGACACCGGAGCCCGAGACCCCGGGUCUGACGCAGCAAGAGUCGGUGGUGGAGGGCGAAGAGGCACUGGCCAAAGCGGCCUCGGCGACUGAUGUGGGUGGAGGAGGCGGUUUCGGCUUCUUGCAGUGGUGCUGCAAGCCAUGUACAAACACGGCCGACGACGAACUGACUGUGGAGCCACAGGGCACCGGACUAGACAUGGUGGAAGGUGGGGCCGAAGGCUUGGGAGAAGGUGAGGCGGAGCCGGGAGCUGAUUUGGGUACGGAUGUGCCCACAGAUGUCGUGUCCGGAACGCCCGCGGACAUCACGGCGUCGCCAGUUGCGGCUACGGAUGUCUCGUCAGCGUCAGCAGCUGCGGCGGAGCCGGCGGUGUCGUUGCCGAUUCCGCCGAAGGAGGAGACGAAACCGGCGCCUGCAGCGGCUGUGGAGGAGUCAGAAGGUAAGGGCUUGGAGGAGGCGACGAAGUACCAAGAUUACAAGGCCCGUUUCCCGGAGACAUCGGAAGCGGAAUUGCGUCAAUGGUCUCAAACAGAAGGAUGUUACUUGGUCCUGGACGAGUCCAGCAACAAGUUUUACGCCAAGUGGAGUCGGUCCUCAGUGCCGAACGCGUUGGCGUUUUACACUAUCCAUCCGGAUGUGCAAGCGCCGACGCGUGCACUGGACGCAGGCGAACGGGUCAACUUGUUGGUCGAACGUGGCGCCAUCAAGAAAUUGCUCAAAGCCGCAGUUGUCGGAUUCUGCAAACAGGCUGCCAAGUAUGACGGCUACUUCUCACUCCUCAAUACAACACUCUGGUCACGCGCCGGACUCGGCAAUCUCGAAGUCGUUUGGCUCUGUGCAGACGAGUCUCUCGUCUUCUGCAAACGCGAUACCCCGCCCAUCAAUCUCUCUGCCACCGCACCCACCGUCAUUGGAGCUGUCGACAACUCUUUCCGACUCCAAGGUGUUUCCAAGUCGAAACGCAAAAUCACGCCGCGGUGGUCAAAAUCCUCGUUCGUCAACACCGUCCGCUCCAUCACGGACUCCUCGGUUGCCGAACUCGAUCCAAGAACCAAGGCGCCCCGCAAGGCGUAG